AUAAAGUCUCGGGGCCUUAAUCAAUUCUGUCAGAGGGAUGAGCCUACGCAUUCGGCUCCCAUACAGAAUCGUAGAGGCGCAUUGAAUGCGUAUGUAGCCCAUGCAAUGAAUUGCGGUGGCCAGCUGAUGCACAAGUCAGUGGUUUUACCCGGGUGUGGUGCGUUAGGAACGAAAUGGUCGCAUUGCGGUAAGAGGGGCGUCGCGCGCGAAGGAAUGUAG